UUUUCUCUCCUUUCAAGAACCUUUAUUUCGCGGUUCCCUCCCUUUUUAUUUGUUUUCAUCGCCAUUGUGUGUUGUUUCGAAACGCAUGACCGGAAAAAUUUAAUCAAAGCGGACGAUCGUGCAUCUUCGGCGAACCGUGAUCGUUUUUUUUAAAAAACUCGUUUUGUGCGUCACACGUUUGAAAAAACAAAAAAAAAACUUUGUUUGAAAUUCGUCAUCUUCGUUUGUAGUCCCGUAUUGUUUUCAGCUAGAAAUCAAACAUCUCGUCAAAGAGUCGCAACAGGAGCUUUAACGUCAUGAGCGACAUGAAGAGGCUGUUCUACGUGUGGUUCCUCGGCGCCAAAGAAUGCCGCGGACUGCGAGGCGAUGAAUUCGUUCGGCCCAUCGUCCGGUACUUCCAACGCAAGGAGGAAGAAUGCGAGCCAUCGAAAGUGACGUUGCAAAUCUCUUCGAAAGGGAUUAAAUUGGUAGCCGAAUCCCUGCGUCAUUUCGUUCCCAGUCACGCCGUCACUUACGUCAGUCAGGGCGCUCCACCUGACGAUGACAUCGUCUCGGUCAUUCUGCUUCUUUACAAUCCGAUAACCAAAUGCCCCGUUCACCUGCACGCCUACAGGUGCGACUCGGUCGAGACGGCUGAUUUGCUGUCUGAACAGUUCCAGUUGCUCGUCGAUUUGCCCGAGAACCAACGUAAAAUUCGCGAUCUCGAGCAACGGUUGCAGUCACAGGGACUCUACCCGAGCGCUGGACAGAGCCAGUCGAGGAUGCUCAUCAAAUCGUGCGAUACGGGACUGGGUGGUUCCAGCGGAGACCUACUGACUGGCCACAGCGAUUCGUCCAGCGACGACGUCGCUACGAACGACGUCUGCAAAUCGUCGAUGGAUUGUCAACGCCCCCUGCCACUUCAGUCUGAUGUUGGCGUUUCGAAAAGCGACCAGGAACGUAUUGCCCGUCUAUACGAUUCUCUGGCAGCCGAAUUGCGUGACAAACUGGGCGGUGCCAUGUCCGGCAAAGCAGCUCCUCUCCUUCUGCCUCCGAAGGAUUACGAGAUGCAAGAGCCGGAAAGUGGCCGUCCGAUGGCCAAAAAUGCAGCUGUUCAAUCGAAUAACAAUCGGACCGGUCGUCCAGCCAUCCGCGGCAAUAAGCAGACGGACAACGGUUCGUCGAGUGGACUGUCUAGCGGAAUCGGAUCCGAUCUAGAUGAUCCGGUAGCCGAUCGUUCCAGAAAUCGCGAAUGGAUGCGUUCCACCGCCGUGAACAGCCAACAACAACCGGACAAUAGGCAACAGCAACAACUUCAACAGGCCCGUCAGCGUUACAGUUAUCACGAUUCGAGCAGCAGCAACAAUAACAUCAUGCAUCAGCAGCAACAUCAAUACCAACAGCAACAACAACAAGAAGUCCGUCGUCGUGAACCUGUGAUGCGCCAAAUGUCGGAACGGCGGGACACGUCGACUCUAUUGAACAGGCGUUCCAUGUCCGACUUGCGACGUCAGGAAGAGUCAGCCGUGAUGAUCCGCCGGAGAGAAGAGAGUUGCCGUGACAUUCGCGCCAGCAACGCCGAACUGAACCGUAGCCGGGCCGAUUUCCAGCAGCUUCUAUUGGCCGAUGGGAAUCGGAGUCGGGUCAAAGAAGCUCUCUCCAAAUUCGAGAGUCGAGAUCAUCAGCAAAACGAACAUGUCAAGGCCGUUCACGCCAGUUCACGUAGCCGCUCUUUCCGCGACGACCAGCCGUCUCAAGGCUGGAACGCAGGCUUCAAGUACCGCCGCCAGCCGUCUGCUGUCGUCGAUGGCUAUCAAGAGCUGGACCAACGAGAGCGCUUCCCUGGUCUCGAUCGUGAAACUGCCCGCGUCCUCGAGCCGCUCCACGGACAGAUGUCGCAUCAGCAGCAACAGCAGCAACGUCAUUUGCAACGUCACAAGUCAUCGGAAUUCGUGUCGAUGAUCAAACGCGGACCCAAUGACUCUGGGAGCGUCGUCGUCGUCGAACCUACUCAAAAAGUAGGUAAUAGACAUUUCCGUGCCGUCCGCCAACCUAAUUGACGGUGAUUGUGAUCCCCAUUUCCCUUUAUACCCCCACC